AUGAAGGCCUCGAUCUCAUCAACACUCACCUUAUCAGCAUGCGUUGAGCGCCUAACACUCAAUUCGUCGGCCUAUCGCCCUUCGAUAAUACCCAGGGCCAUCUCAGCCCUCUCGAAAGCACCUGCGACCCCCUCCUCCUUUUUGACCUCGUCCACAACCCGUAGAACUUUCUCUAGUACGCCAGCCGUAUUGGGAGACUGGCUUUUACCUACGCAGCCCGAAAAAAAAAGAUCUCGCAAAGGCCGACCUCGUGUUCCGACUGGCGGGUCCUCUCGCGGCACUACCGUGGUCUGGGGCGACUAUGGAUUGCGGAUGUGCGACCACCAUCGCAGAGUUAGUGCGUUGCAGUUAAAGAACGGAGAAGAGGCUAUAAAAGUCAGGCUGCGAGGGAUGCGAUAUCGAUUGUUCAAGAGAGUUUGUGCUAGCAUUGGAGUGUAUGCCAGCGGCAAUGAGGUUCGCAUGGGAAAAGGAAAGGGAUCGUUUGAUCACUGGGCUUCGAGAAUUGCGGUCAGCAAGGUCAUCUUUGAGUUGAAGGGAGACAUUCACGAGCAGGUGGCACGUGAUGCAUUCAGGCUGGCAGGGAACAAAAUGCCAGGUAUGUAUGAGUUUGUGAAGAAGGGCGAUCCUGCCGUUGUUGGAGUUACGAAGUUGGAUGGAGUUACAAUGGAGGAGUUGAAAAGGCCUCGACGAGCCGUACCAUUACCUAUGACACCUCCUGUAUCCGCUGCCGAAGCAGUGCCGGAGGUUCCCAAGCCUACAUCUCCCGCUCCAUGA